UUUCUUGACUCAAGCUGAAGAAUGCUGACUCUGUGACAUCAUUGUCCAGCACUGCUCAGAAACUGUGUGAGCUGGGCACUGGAGUUCCCAUGUUGUCAUCCAACCUCUCUGAGUUCUCUGGCAAAACAUCCAUUCUCAAAUAUCUGCAAUCCAAUGACAGAUUUCCAAAGCGCCCGAUUUGCCAACAAUUUAUGGAAAAGCUGGGCGGCAAAAAGUGCAAAAACAUUACCCAUGAGGAGCUGAAGGACCUCAAGCCAUUUGCAAGAUGUAUGCCACUGUGUGUGCUCAGGCGGCUCAAAGCCAAGGCAAUCAUGGCUGACCAGACGACUCUGAUGAACAUCACCAAGUGCUUGAGAAAGGGGCAGUUGAUGGCCAUGUUUCAGGGGCUGAGAGAGAGUGUGGAUCCCUCAGAGAUGGUGGAGAAGUUGCCUGACUCUGUGCUUCCGAUGAUUCCUCAAAGCUUCUUGAAAAAAGUCAAUCUCACCGCUUUGAAGAAUAAAAAGAAGAUUUACUUACAGUCAGUAUGCCAGGCAAAGAUGACGUUCAGUCGUCAGUUGAGUGAUUUUAGUGACGAGAAGAUGGCUAACAGUGACACACAGGACAUGAUGAAGGCCCUAUCAGAUAAUCCAGACUGUCUCUCCAAAGUACAGGCCGGACGUGCUGCUCUAAGGUUUUUUGCUGCUGCAGAGAAAAGGAGAGGAGAUUUUAUCAAAAACAUGACAGCGGAGGAAAUGGAUAGGAUCCAUCUCAUAUUACUUCUUUACCUGCCCCCUCGCAAGGUGAAGGACUUGCCUUCCUCUGUGUGUCCCAGCUUCCUCAGAAAGAUGAAAGCGGCCAACUUGAAAUUAUUACAUCAUCGUGCCCCGUCUCGCCCCGCACUCAUCCAGAAGGCUCUGGACUGUCUGGCAAAUGGAAGGAAUUUGUCAGCACUGACCCGUGAGGAUAUGUCCAAGCUUGGACAACUCGUGUGUGAGCUGCCUGCUUCCCAGCUGCGCCUCAUGUCCCCUAACGUUGUCAACUCCAGUCUGCAGCUCAUGGCUUCAUGCAAGCACAUACCUCAAAGACACCGAGCAGAUCUGAAACAGCUGAUUGAUGAGACUUAUGGGGAUCCAUCUGAUUGGUCUGCAGAGACAAUGGAAGCGCUGGGUCCUCUCCUUGUUUUGGAUGAGAAUGCCAUAUCUUCUCUGCCAAAUAAGCCUUGGAUGAAGGACGUCCUCUUUCUUCUGAUUCUGCGCAUGCUCAACGUCCCUCGUGCACUGGAAAAGAAAUUGUUCACGCUGGUCACCGCCACGACAUCACAUGCAGCAUGUAGGAGAGCAGCUAACAUCACCACGGACAAUGAUGACCGCACUCAAGGUGUACCCACUGUGAUGACAAUCAGGGUACUGGGAAAGAACAAUGUCUACUGGACAGCGGCACAGCUGGACAAAAUGUCAAAUGAAACCUUCCUUGCUAUUGUAGAAAUACUUGGUGCCAUCCCUGACUUCAAUGAGCAGCAACUCGCUGUGCUAACCAAAAAAGCAAUUCAGGCGUUCGGCCCAGUGUCACAAUGGACUGAGGCUGUAGUGGAGCAGAUAGGAUGUAUAAUCAAGGGCUUCUCUGACGCAGACCUGGAGACUUUUCCUUUGACUCUGGACACUAUCAAAGACACUGUCAACUGUGGCUGGAAUGCGUCACAGGUGACGUCAGUGUGGAAGGCCAUUGCUAAAAAUGACAACCUGACUGCACAGCGGCUGGGGGUUACAGAGAUCGUCACACUGGAUCAGUUCCUGUGUGGCCUCAACACCAGCGAGAUCAGACAGCUUGACAAGGAAGCUUUCAGGGAUGCUGUGGGCUUGAUUAAUGACAUUAAGUGCCCCUCCAUGGUGGCAAAGCAGUUGAAACUUCGUCUUGUGUCUUUGUUCGGAACGCCCAAAAACUGGACUGAAGUGCAAGUGUGUGAGAGUGGCAACAACAUUGCUGAGUUAGAUCCAGAAGAGUGGAAGUCUCUACGCGCGUCUGUCUUUUCAUUUAUCAGGCAAACCGCUAUCCCACUCAUAGCACCCAAAACCAUGGCUACUUUCUCUGUUGAACAGCUCAUGGAGCUUGGUCCUGGAAAUGCUGCCAUGGUAACCGACGAACAGCGAAGAGUGCUGAGUGAUGAGCAACGGGCUGCUUUAGAAGAGGCUCUGACCGGGCCUUCUGAGCAAACCCUAAAGACUGGCACUUCAGGAGCGCCAUCACUGGGCGUGGAGGGGACCACAGCUUUCAUGAAGCCCCUCCUCUUCUUCCUCAUGGUCGUCCUGCUGCUGUGAGACCAGUCACCAGAUAAUUGAGUGGUAGAACCUGCAGCAACUUUAGAUAAGCACUCACUUUGAUAUAGCAUUAUUUCUAUUUUUAUAUAUAUAUUUCUAUAUUAUCUAUGACAGACUAUUGGUGACACUGUAAUUCUUCAAGUGAAUCUAUUUGUGAUUAACAAAUUUCUCAUAGACGGGUUAUUGUUAUUCUUAAAUUUCCGUAUUUAUCAAGUUCACUUUUGAAACUUUCUGUCGUUAUACAUUUCACAUAAAGUAUAUUUUAGUUGAAUGAAGAGGUAUAUACUGUCUGGGCAUGUGAUACUGUGCCCACAGAAGACGAUGUGUGAUUAAAAUAAAUUGUAUAUUUGGAGACAAAAAACAACAUUUGGUUAGAAAUUGUAUCCUCAAGGCAAAAUCCCAAAUAGGACAGAGUGCGACAGAGUGUGUAGGGUCUUUCUCUUUUUUUAAUCUCAGUGAUAUUGAUGCAUGGAUAUUAUCUCAGGAAUGAAAUCUGUAAAAAUAGAAGCUUGUAAGAAACAAACAGCUGUAACAAUGGUGCCAUUAAACAAAGAAAAGCAUCCCAAGCAAAAACAUCAGCACAGUUUUAAGUUUGUUUUUCUGAUCAAUGUCAAAGACUGCAAGAAUAAUCACUCGGAAUAAAUGGUUCAUCGUG